UUGUUUUUAUUUGCUUUGGUUUUGCUUAAUUUUUGACCGACUUCUGGGUGAACAACAACAAAAAAGACUAAGAGCAACAGCAGCAACAUCAAUAACAACAUGGAUGCCGAGGCGCCAGCACAGCUAGAGAAAAAUCAGACUGCGACAGUUCCAAAAGAGGAAACUGUGGAUGGAGGAGCGACAGGUGAAACUGCACCCAAGGUCAUCAAGAAAGAGGAUCACGAUGCUGAGUAUCAUCCGCCCACAAGCUACCUGGAGACGAUCGUGCACCUGUUCAAGGGCAACAUCGGACCCGGGCUGUUCGCCAUGGGCGAUGCCUUCAAGAACGGAGGGCUGCUGGUGGCUCCACUUCUCACUGUGGUGAUAGCGGUGGUCUCCAUCCACUGCCAACACGUCCUGGUGACCUGUUCCAAGAAGAUGCGGGAUCUCAGGGGCGACUCAGUAUGCGCGGACUAUGCGCAGACGGUGGAGCAGUGCUUCGAGAAUGGUCCGCCGAAGUUGAGGGGCUGGUCGCGAACGAUGGGACGUCUGGUGGACAUCUUCAUUUGUGUCACCCAGCUGGGCUUUUGUUGCAUCUACUUUGUGUUCAUCAGCACGAAUCUGAAGCAGAUCCUGCAAGCCUACGACAUUGACAUGAAUGUCCAUCUGGUGAUGCUGCUGGCCUUUGUACCCGUGCUCCUCAGCUCGCUGAUCACGAACCUCAAGUGGCUGACGCCCGUGUCGAUGUUUGCCAACGUUUGCAUGAUCCUCGGACUGGCCAUCACCCUGUACUAUGCCCUCAAGGACGGACUGCCGGAGGUGGAGGAACGCGCCCUCUGGACGAACGGCUCCCAGCUGGCCCUCUUCUUCGGCACCGCCAUCUUUGCCUUCGAGGGCAUUGCGUUGGUGAUGCCGCUGAAGAACGCCAUGCGAAAACCGCACCAGUUCGAGCGACCUUUGGGUGUGCUCAAUGUGGGCAUGUUCCUCGUCUCCGUCAUGUUCAUGUUCGCCGGAUCCGUGGGCUAUAUGAAGUGGGGCGAACAGGUUGGAGGCAGUCUGACCCUCAAUCUGGGUGAUACCAUUCUGGCCCAGGCCGUCAAGCUGAUGGUCUCCACUGGCGUACUUCUGGGCUAUCCGCUGCAGUUCUUCGUGGCCAUCCAGAUAAUGUGGCCCAAUGCCAAGCAAAUGUGUGGCAUCAAAGGACGAUCGCUGAUCGGAGAGCUGGGCUUCCGCACCUUUAUGGUCCUGCUGACCCUUGCCAUCGCGGAAAUGGUCCCGGCCCUGGGACUCUUUAUCUCGCUGAUCGGCGCUCUAUGCUCGACUGCUUUGGCCCUGGUAUUUCCGCCCGUCAUCGAGCUGAUCGCCAGGAGUGAACAGAACAAGGGUCCAGGCGUCUGGAUUUGCGCCAAGAACCUCGUCAUCCUGGUGAUGGCAAUGCUGGGCUUCUUCACCGGCUCCUACGAGAGUCUCAAGCAAAUUGUCAAGCACUUUGGCGAGGAGGAGCUGCACUGAGGACUAGGUUUCGCUUGAGAAUCGUUGAGGAUCGCCAUUAACGAAGCAGCACAAGAAAAGCAGUACUCAUCACAACAGUAUCAUCUUUAAAGCAGCUAAGGGAUCUUCCAAGAUUGGUUAGAAACUACGUUUUUAAGCCAUCAACUUUUUAAAAACGCAAAGGAUAAACCUUUAAAACUAUGAUCAUCAAAGAAUCAUCGCUGAUCUUGCCAAGGUUACAAGAAAUAAUUUUAAAAGUACCACUUUUAGAUGAGAUGAGAAUGGGAAACUUGAUAAUUACUAAAAUGGCAUAUGUGGAAAAGUCAUGGAUCAUUAGAUAAUCAUUACAUUGUUUAUAAAAGAUUACAAAAAGGGCAGAGGCUCAUCCUAGAUAAAAUUCCAAUUCCCCCAUGGAUAAAAAGAUCACUAUAAAUUCAUUAUAAAAAUUUAAAAAUAUGAGGAAUAAAAUAAGUUACCUGAGACGAACAUUACAGGAAUAUCAGAAGAUCAUCGAUAUCAAAACCUCAUCAGAAAUAUUAAAGCUUUAUUUAGAUAUUAUAGAAAAGCAAACCAUAUUAACAGGAUUACCAAAAUAUUUAUGCAAAAUUAACGGAUCGCUACACUAUUUUAGGAGUAUUAUCGACAUGUCACAAUUGAAAACAUUAUGAAGCAAUAUAAUAUGUACCUACUUUUAAUCCUUAAUUACUUACAUAAAUACAUAACAUGUUUGGCGAAUUUAUUAUUAACAAAAGAAACACACAUACAUAUAUAUAGUAUAUCUAAGUGCCUCCUUUUGUGUCUAAGUAAGCGUGCAGCGCAUUUUACUUAUUAUAAUUGAUUUUUUUUUUAUAGACACUAAGUGAGAAUAAACGAUGCGACGUUCGUUUUGACGUCAUCGUAAAAAGUGACAAGAA